CUCCCUGCUUCUGAUUCACUCUCUCUCUCGGCAGUCUUUCUUUCUCUGUCCUACAUCUGACUUGCUACUAUCUCUACCUCUCCUCCUCCUCCUCCUCCUCCUCACCUAUGGCUACCUGACAGUGAGCAUCUCCUUUCCGCCUUCUCUCCUCCGCUUCUCACAUUCUCCUCUCUCUCUCUCUCUCUCUCUCCUUCAACUCUCUCUUCACUGUCAUCUGUCCUUUUCUUUUCGGUGUGAGAAUGCCCGUUCUAGAGGGGUUAUGGGGCCCUGAUUUGAGGAUGCGGGACUCCGGGCUGAGUGUCGGGGUUGACGUCGGGGUAUGCCCUGACGAGGCACCACGCUCCCCGGUCUGGGGGCCUCUCAGGAUGCCCCCGGUUACCUGCGGGGGUUUGUCGCUGGCUCUGGAGCUUCCGGCUCUCAUACGGCAGCUCAGGGCUGCUUGGAGGGCUCGCAGGGGGGGCCCUCUUGAUCCUGAGAGGAGUCCGACAAACACCUGGGUGGCAGAAGAAGAGGUGGAAGAGAUGAAAGAGGACUUAGAGGACGAGAGCGCUCAUCUGGAAGCUGAUGGCAGACUGAACGCUGGUCAUGCUGGUGUGUUGCUGGUUGAGAGACGAGGCUCCUACCCGCUGAUUGACCUGCGAAUCCUCAAAACCAGUGCCCAGCAGGGGGAGGUAGAGUCUGGCACCAGGAGAAAAGUGAAGCGUCUGCUGAGCUUUCAGAGAUACUGUCACGCAUCCAGGCUGCUCAGGGGGUUGGUGCCCCACACCCCCGGGUCUCUGCACCUGCUGGACGACGACUACCUGGGACAAGCUGCUCACAUGCUAUCAAAAGUCGGCACAUGGAACUUUGACAUUUUCCUCUUCGAUCGUCUAACAAAUGGUAACAGCCUGGUGACUCUGAUGUGCCAUCUCUUCAAUGUCUACGGCCUCAUUCAACACUUUGAGCUGGACAUGGUCAAACUGCACAGGUUUCUUGGCAUGGUGCAAGAAGACUACCACUCCCAGAAUCCCUAUCACAAUGCAGUCCAUGCUGCUGACGUCACUCAGGCCAUGUACUGCUACCUGAAGGAGCCCAAGCUGGCAGAGCAGCUGAGCCCUCUGGAUGUGUUCCUCGGUCUGAUGGCAGCAGCCGCUCACGACGUGGACCAUCCUGGAGUCAACCAGCCUUUCCUAAUCAAGACCAGACACCACUUAGCAUCGCUCUACCAGAACACGUCUGUGCUGGAGAGUCACCACUGGAGAUCCACUGUGGGCAUGCUGCGAGAAUCAGGACUGCUGUCUCAUCUGCCUGUGGAUAUGUCGCAGGACAUUGAAGCGCAGCUGGGCUCUCUCAUCCUGGCGACAGACAUCAGCAGGCAGAACGAGUUCCUGUCCACCUUUAGAGAACAUCUGGACAACCAGGACCUGGACCUCCAGCUGGCCUCACACAGGCACUUCAUACUUCAGAUUGCUCUGAAGUGUGCCGACGUGUGUAAUCCGUGCCGGGUUUGGGAGCUGAGCAGACAGUGGAGUGAGAGGGUGUGUGAGGAGUUCUACAGGCAGGGUGACCUGGAGAAAAAGUUUGACUUGGAGAUUAGUCCUCUGUGUAACCAGCAGGCUGACUCUGUCCCAGCCAUUCAGAUUGGGUUCAUCUCCUACAUCGUGGACCCUCUGUUCGAGGAGUGGCACCGCUUCACCGACUCCAGCCUGCUCAGCCAGACCAUGAUGGGUCACCUGCACAGGAACAAGGCCCGCUGGAGCCGCCUAAGAUAUGCACGCACACAUUCAGAAACGCACACACACUCCCACGCUGAGGAGCCAGAGCUGGAGCCCGAAGGAGAAGAAGGAGAGGGAGAGGGAGAAGGAGAAGGCGAAGGAGGAGAGGGGGAGGACAUCCCUUAACCUUUCUCCCAUUUCCUGAGGUGUUAUCCUUUGUGAAUGGAGGAGAGGAGUGUUUAUCCACCUCCUUGUUUGUCCUCCAGCGUGUUUUCUCUCACCACCAGUUGUUCACAGGCUCUGAAAGCGGGAGCACUGGAUGGGAGUGGAUGAAAAAUGGCUCCCUCUGCUGGAGCGGAGGACUGAAGCCCUGCAGGGAGGGAGAAAAAAAAGAAGCCGGAGAGAGAUUCAUGGUUUGGCGGAUGAUCUUAGUAAAUAUAUGCCUCACUCUAUAACCCAGUGAUAUCUGCUUCAAAGUAUCAGAGGAACGCAGGGAGAGAAUUUAAUGCUUGCGGCAGAGGAGGGCUCGGUGAAGACUAAUGUUGAGGUUUUUGCACAAUGCUGCUGGAACAAAGGAGAAAUGAAGAAGAUGCCAAGGUGAUAAAAGUCAGCUGGACUGCUGGAGGAAAGAAUGAGACUCAAAAAGAAGAAUAUACGAAGCUUUGCUCUAUAAAAGAUACUUUUUUAAACUUUAACAAUAAUUAAAAAAACAUACUCUAUUAAGAUCUUUUCACUUUCAACAUUUUGUACAGUUUUCACUUCUAAUGGAUGCUUUAAUACAAGUGUCUCACUUGUUUGCUUUUCACUCAGAUGUGUGUUUUUAACUCCAGCACUCAGUUGAUCUGUCGAGGUACUGUACACUGUAAAAAGUCUUCUGUUUCCUGUGUGUAACCGGAGAGACUGACAGAACUGAACUACAACUAACAAUCAAUAACAAAAAAGCUUCAGCUGGGGUGUUGUAGGAUUUAAGAACAGAAGCAAAAGCCAUUUUCUCUCAAUGUUUUUAAUGUUAUUAACGGUGUAAUCUGUACAUACUGUGUCGUACGACUUCACACGCCAAAAUCUCAGCAAUGUAAUAACCUUUUUACUGGGGAAGGAUUUAGGGAAGUCUAACACUGGUUUUUAACAACUUACUGGGUGCGUUUAUUUCUCUGAUAUAGCCUCAAUUUGCAACAAAACACACGCACAACAAAGCCUUAACAGUAACCCGCUCCUUCUGUCUGUGAAAUACUCUCUGAUUGUGUUUGUGCCAUCCUCUGGACUCGAUCUCUUACACUGUCAAACUUCCUAACAGAUUCUGCCUGUUUUCCUUCAGCCAUACCAGCAAACUGACACACACACUUAGACACACUUACACACACUCACAGUACUGUAGCAGCUUGUUUCCAGUGUGAUCUUUCACCCAGUAUCACAGCCAGACUUGGUUUUUAAACCCAUUCAGCGCUGCCAAGGUGCCAACGUACUGACACAUGAACUCACUGCUCUGUUACCUCUCUGAACGUUUGUGACCCCCUUGUUGCAGACACUGUGUGCACUGUGUGUGUUUCUUAUGUUGUGACCAGACUUGGGCCAAUUAGUAGUUGCAAAUAUCUCUAAUAUCUACUCUUCAGUAAACCUAGCAGUGAGUAUCAAGUCAAUAAAGAUGUCUGUUACAGAAAAUUAAAGCUCCUGUGAGGAACUUCUUGUUCAUGGCGGUUUUGGCGCCCCCUCUGGACAAACUGAUACCUCUUAUAGUAUCUUAUUAUGUGCUAAAAUGUCAUCCUGGUUCAGUCACUCAUCAUGAAUCUUUGCUGUGAAGACAGUUAAAAAAAUGUCUGUUUCUUCACUGUGCAGGAAAUAGCACCGUCUGACACCUACCCCCCUCACAGCUGUCAUAAGAAUUAAAAAUGACGAUAUAGAAAUUGUGAAUCUUUUUCUUAAUGGCCUCAUUUGCUUUUGGAGGUCAUUAAGAGGCAUCACUGUUCAUUUCAGUGUUUCAUAACCAGCAAAAAAAAACCUCACAGGACCUUUCAAUACCUUCAUUUCUCAUUAACAUAUCUUUAAUUAAUUGCCAAAAAUGGUACUUUUAUAUCCAUAAACUUUUAUAUUUAUAACCCUAAUGUGAAACUGAUCCUUAUGUAGCUGUUACUGUAUGAUAAAAAAAAACAAAGUAUUCAAUAUAGUUGUAAAUACUACUUGGUCCAAGUGGAAGAUGUACUUAUAAACACUUCUUUUUGUACAACUCUUCUGUAAAUAUGUAGAAAUGUCACAUUUAAGAUCAACUCCAGGCUCGUUCAAAGCUGAAAGAAGCCCGGGCCCACGUCUUCCCUGACUUAUAGAGGAACAACAAUACAGUUACACACAUUUUAUUCUGUCACAGCGACAAGAUAUCUUUAAAAAGAAUAUAUACAAAGCUAAUGUAUUUGCCAGUUUUAUAAAGAAAAGUGUUAUAGAAUUAUUUCUAUGAAGCGCAGUGCAAUAAAGUCACUGGCCAAGUUGUAACAGAGACGACAUCAUCAUAUCAGACUCUAGCUCUUGUAACUAAUAAGCAAAUGGUUCACACAUCUUCACUGUAGCACUUUCAGCUUUGUUGAACCUCCCUCCGUACCGUAUGUACGCAGCACUACUGUCCGAACAACAUUCACUCUCUAUGAGCCACACAUGAUGACUGCCGUAGUGUAGACAGGAGGCCUCAGGCUGCCGCGUAUCUCAAUACCUCCUCAAAUCAGCACUGGAACAGGGUCACUGAGCCAUAAUGGUUUCACUUUGGAAUACAAAUAUGUGCUGUGUGCAUUUAAUGUUUUAUAUGCCAGAGUUAUUGUAAGCAGAAUCUGUAUAAUUACUAUUUUAUCUAAAAGAAAUUAGCCUAAAAAUAUAUAUAAAUUCCUCUGAAUUGAAGUGAAAUACCUUAUUUAAUGUAUAUGCACUGAUGUGGAGGUACGGUGUCCUCUACAGGACCAUAUAUUUGCAGAAGUAUCCACCUUGUUGAUGUGAAAAUGUAUCAAUGCAGAUUUAAUGAAGUUGUCCCACCCUUUUUUUAUUUUAUCUCAAAUCAUAGAGAGUGUUCUUAUAAAGAUUAUGAGAGAUUGUGCCAACACUCCUGCAUACCUUGUUCCCAGCUUGUUCUCGGCAACUUCUAGCACUGGACUGCUCGAGUAAAUGCUCCAACAAGAAAGACUACAGUCCUCUUCUACAAAGUGAGUCAAGGUUUUUAUUUGGGAACACUUAAAUUGAAGAUUACGAUAUUUAAAAUGGGGUCUUCUGCUGGUAUUGGAGCCCAAAAUAAAGCGCACCUUGGUUCAUGGGAGGUGUUUGCACUAUCAUGUGAUCCAAACAGGACUGAAUCUGUGUGUUUGGAUGCGUCAUCUAACUUCUUGACUGUACACUUCUGUUCUGACAACCAACCUCUGAGCACUGUGAACGAUUCAAUAAAUGUUUUUCAAUUAACAUACAAUGAA